AUGAUAGACACUUGGGACGCCGCCCUCCGGCCUCCGGGCGCGCACCUCGUCCGACUGCCCCGGCCGCUCUUCCAGUUAUUCUCUGCAGAAUACACCAUCCUCUCAACUGGCGUCCAUCUCCAUCCGGGACCGGGUGUGAAGGUCCUGGUAGCCAGAGUCACACUCUUGGGCAUUUCCAUGCGAGAGACAUGGUCAAGCAUCCGUGGUCAUCUUUCCUGCGGUCUGGAUUAAUUACUUGUGAUUUAUUUUUACAUUCACAGCAGGGUAUAUGUACUGUUAUCUUAUGGAGACAAAGAGAAUCGCCUUUGUCUGGCACAUUCAAAAAAUACCGUUUACUGAUAAAUUAUCAGACCUUAUGA